AUGAACUAUUGUUCAGCAGGGGACCAUGUCCAAGUCGAGGUAACAAACCAGCAGGAAUCUCGUGUUUCCGUUAAGCCAAGCUUCCUCGAAUGUGCACCUAACAACUUCAAUCUUCCCAGUACUGUUCCGGCGUUCAAGAAGGCCAAAGAUGGUACUAUUAUCCAGGUCAGUCCUGAAAUAACCACAGCGUCGAAGCGUUCUGCCAGUGAGGUGAUCAAUAGCAAUCCACGUCUCCACAAAGAGCAGCCUGUUGAUGGACCGGCGAGGCAGUUAGCUCAAAGUAAUGCCAAAGCGGCCUGUUGGAAGGACCUGUACUGGCACCUGAUUGGCUCCAGAGGCUUAAAAAAUGAUGAAGAAAAAGUUCGAGCCCUCUUCACUUGGCUCUGUUCCAAGCCACCUAAUGAUCAGCCUUUCCUUUCCGAGACAGAAAAGAACGAUAUCAAUAUCGGAAAAGACAGGAAAAAGUAUUCAAUGGACUCACCGGAUGUUAUUCUUUCUAAAUUGUCUGAAGGAAAAGCAAAUUACGUCCAGGCUUUUGAGUCCAUGUGUCGCUACUCCGGCAUUCCGUGCCUGACGGUGCGUGGAAUCGCAAAAAGCAUGGACUACAAAGUGGGCCAGCCCCUGGUCCAGAAGGACGAACCCCUAUUUCACCCAGAAACUGGAGCACUUUCAGCACAGAUCACUAGUCUGCAGCACUCCUGGAAUGCAGCCUAUGUGGAUGGCAGUUGGUAUCUCUACGAUUGCACGUGGGCGGCGCAGCGACUUGCCAUGGGUGCAAAGGAAAACCUCGCCAAGUCCUCACAGGCAGUUGCCAUGCAAUACGAAAUGGACAUGUUUUACUAUCAAGUCGAUCCGGCAAAACUUAUUUACACCCACUACCCCUUCGAAGAUGUUUGGCAGUUGAUAGAUCCACCAAUUUCGAUUGUGAGUUUCGCCACAUGGCCAUUGUUGAAGCCCGCUUUCUUCCAGUACGAACUCAGUCUUUUUUCACAUUUUGAUGGCACUGUCGCCGUCGAAAAUCAACUUGUCCUAAAGCUGAAGCUUCUUCCCGAAAAUAUUGGGAAGCUCCUUUUCACAUAUCAACUUAGUCUCGAAGGCUUCGGAAAUAUAGACGUGAGCUCCAGCAAAACGAGGUUCGGUAUGCAUGAAAUCUCCCCAGAGGAAUCUUGCGUAGUCUUCCAAUUUCGUCUGCCAAAGAAGGGUGACUACAAUCUUGUCAUUUACGCCAGACACUCCAGAGAACAACUAUUUUCUGACGUCUGUGAAUACAAGAUUGAGGCAAAAGGAGCCGAGGGAAACGCUUCGCUCGCUGCGUUACCAUUCCCGCCAACAGCACAGGCCAGUUACGGUCCGACAGAAAAGGCGGUCGAGUAUGGCUUGGAAACUCUUCCUCGAGGACUUUCACCACUCAUCAAAAGUCCAAAGGGAACCAUUGAAGUCCGUUUUAUUGCUGCUGAACCAGAAAAUCGCAUACCCCGUCUAACGGCACGUCUAAAGUCCCUGUCUGUUAAAGCAGAUUUGCUGGAAAACUGCGUUCUUCUUCGGAAUAUUGAAGCUUCAAUGCCAACAACAGGAGUUUCAGUUCUCACUGGAACUGGUCCAUGCGUUCCAAUGUCUGUACUAACUGCUUAUCUUCCAGAGCCUGGUGAAUACGCCCUUGAAGUGUACGCCGCUCCACCUGGAUCGGAUGAACCUACAGCUUACCAUCUGGCCUGGCAAUUUCUAAUUGAUGCCAAAUCCGGCACGCCACUCUCUACCCCUCUUCUCAGUCGCUUAGCUACAAUCAAUCUUGGUCCACAAGAUGAAUCUUGGCAAAAUCUUGGCUUCCGCACCCUUAGUCAUCCUGACCCCUUGGUCAGGGUUCGAACAGCCUGCCGGGCUGGCUCAGAGCUUCUUUUAAAGGCAUCGACCAAAUCUCAAGUUCUCCAGAGGUUCAUGGGCUCCCAAGCAACGCAGUUGCAGAGCGAAGAAAACAAUCUAGACGGGGAUCAGUUUUCAUCUGUUAAGGAAGGAAGUGAAAGUGACCAGGGGCCUCCAACUGUGGACAGGGAAGCAUUUGAUCUGCAAAUAGUACUUGGACUGCCUGAUCAGCAGAAGAUGUGUCUAAUCAGUCAACUUGUGGAUAUUUCAGGCGAAGAAGAGGAUGACGUUACCGGCUACCUGUUGCAAAAGGCAAACACACUUGAAAGCGAAGAACUUCAACCCGGGGACAGGUCGAGCACUUUAAGCAGAGACAUACCGAGUCAACUGGUUCACUUGCUUAUUCGUAUUCCGAAGGGUGGAUCAUUUUAUAAACUAUACCUCUACGCCGUACCAAUGGAACAAAACAUUUCUGGUUCCAUCCCACUCGUCUUUACCUACCUGAUCGACGCGCCACUCCGCUUGAGCGCCGUCGAAGCGCCCUACAUUGGGGCUACAGCGGGCGAAUUCCCAGAGAAGAUCGAAAAACGCGAGGCUGCCAAAGCGCAGAAGUGA